AUGGCUGAGAAUGAUUUGGAAGGAGAAACGAGCGAUAUUGACGACAAUGAACAGCGAGGAGAGAGCGAAAUCGAGGGGGAAGCGGCCGAGGAGAUAGCGAAAGAAUGCCCGGAGCAACUGAUCAGUCGAAGACCAUCCAAGAAAACAAAGACGAAAAAACGACGAAAAAGGUUAGCUGGUACUGGUUUUUUUUGUCAAAGACAAAAAUAGUCGCAUGUUAAUUAAUGAAAUGUGCCUUUUAAAUAGCUUAAUUACCCGUUAAUAAAUCUUAUUUUAUAUAAUAAGAUUGUAUUUUGAUCUUUCCAAUUAUGGAGGUUUGAUGUAUGUUAUUGUAUUUAUUGCAGAUGGCUUGGUAUAAAUUUAUCAAAUUGUAAAUAUGAAAGCGGUAAGAGUUUGUGGGGAUUAAAAUAUUAAAUAUUUGAUUUAUAGUUAUGAAAUUUUGUGAAGGUCGUUAUUGUUUUCAUAGCCUCAUAGGCCUCAUUCACACGCAAUUUAGAGCAUAAGCAAGCAUUAUUAACCCAUUAAGCUGCAGAGCUUCCCCAUUGAGGACAAAAUCACAGAAUAGAUACAGGACCAGAAGUGUCACUCAGACGAUAUUUUGUCCGAAAUUUUACGAGUGCUGACGUGAAAAUACGCCAUCAUAUGACGCCAUCCUGGAGUGCACACAGAAGUUUUUCAUAGGAAAACAUAGGUACAAAGUGCCGGGUGCACUCCAGGAUGGCGUCAUAGCACGUAAAAAAAUUUCGGACGUUUUCCUUCAGCCAAAACAAAUAGGAGUGACACUUCUGGUCCGGUAUCUAUUCUGUGACAAAAUCAUCUGGCGUUAGGCAAGUAAAAAAAAUAAGUAGGGUGCACUGGGGCACAUUGUGGCUCAAUGGGUUAACUAGAGACAUUGUCAGAUUUUUUGGUUAACUUAUUAAGCUGCAGAAAUGGGUUAACAAAAUGAAUAUUUUCCUCUGGUUGACAGGGUGGUGGUGGGGGGGGGCAUUAAAACCAAUAUGAGUUCCGAACACAAUGUUGUGAGUUGUUCCCUAAAAGAUCCACACUACACAGAGGAAAUUUCCCAGUGUGGAAAGUUUGUAUCGUGUGGGUCGAGAUAUCCCCGUGCAAUUUUGAUGUUUUCUAUAUAAUUAUGUACUAUUAAAUUUUCUAAAUCCCCCUUGCGCAAUUUCCAAACUUUCCAGUCAGGCUGGGUGUAAAUCCCAAUUCCGUCCAUGGGGAAGGUGUGGAUGUUUUCUGGAAUGAAUAAAUAGCAUUUCUCCCAUUCUGUAAUGAGUUCUGAAGAAAAAACCAUAACCACAAAAAAAUAAGCAAUAUUUUAUUGUUAUUCCAUAUUGGGUUGUUCCAGAAAAGAUCCACACUCCCCACCCCCACAGAUGAGCUUGAAUCCACCUUUGAUCUUUUUCAGGUGUUAUUUGUAGAGGUGUACACCCCCUGAUAUACACCCAGGCCCCCUCCCGAUAAAAUUACUGGUUAUCCACUUCACUAAUUUAAUGCUAAUUGACUGAAUUUAUGUUUUGUAGUUCGAAGGGUGGGAAAACGUUUUGGGAUGAAAGAAGUCGGAGAAGAUGAAGACUGGUCGUUGUUUUGGACUGAUUAUUCUGUGGCGUUGGAACGAUGUAUGGACAUGAAAAGAUAUCAAGUAUGGGAAGUUUGUUUUUGAACGGAAUAUAUAGAAUAUACUGUAUUGCAAAAAAUUGAUCAAACAAAGAAAGUGUUAAAUGUGUUAAUUAUGGGGUGUUCCAUUUAUUCAUUUUCAGAAAAUCAAUCAUUUUCCAGGGAUGAUAGAAAUAUGUAGAAAAGAUUUACUAGCUAGAAAUAUGAACAGAUUAUUGAAACUUUAUCCAAAGGAUUAUCAAGUGUUUCCCAAAACAUGGGUCCUACCAGCUGAGUAAGUAUUGAAUCCACUAUAAACAUACGGUAAUUACAACUUAAUUGUUUGAAUAUAUGCUGGGCACUGUAAUUUGUCACUAUAGUCCUCUUCACAACAAAUUUUGCAAGUUCAUUUCAAUGUUUGAAUUUUGCAUCUUGUUCUAAAGGCCUUAAUUUAAGUGGCAAUAUGCCCUAGCUGAUCCUACCGACUUCACUAUUUUCACUCUGUUUAAUGCCACAUGAUUGGUCAAGAGGAGAGUGCGCUAGCUGCUGCCACUUAAUUAAUAUUAUAUCUAAUUUUUUUUAAUUCCUUAGCUACAGCGACUUUCAGGCAUUUUGCCGUCAAAAGAAGAACAAGUCAUUUAUAUGUAAACCUGAAAGUGGCUCACAAGGAAAAGGAAUUUUUGUCACUAAAAAUCCAAAGGUAGUCAUUAAGUAAAAAUGUUUUCCAUUCAUUCAAUUCAUCCAUGAUAUAUGAUCUCUUGUCAUGAUCUUAUUUUUUAACGUUAAAUUAUUUUCCAGGACAUUAAACCAGGCGAGCAUAUGAUAUGUCAACAAUACGUUUCCAAACCAUUUCUCAUUGAUGGCUUCAAGUUCGACUUGAGAAUAUAUAUCUUAAUCUCUUCCUGUGAUCCUCUGAGGAUAUUUGUGUAUAAAGAUGGCUUGGCGAGGUUUGCCACGGUACAGUACAGCGAACCAUCCAAUAGCAAUGUGGUAAGUGAUCAUCACCCAGGAAUUCCAGGGUGCGAUGUCUUCACUCUUCAGUUUAUAUGAUACUUUAUUUUCCUUCUUAUGGCACAGUUUUCAGUUGUUCAAAGUUUCUUUGAUCAAAAUACAAACAGUUUUAGUAAGCUUAGAGCCAGUUGUAUAAAAAGUAGUUAAAGUUACUAGAUACAUACAGUUUAAGUCCUGUAUCCAUUCAGUAACUGAGACCUGUAAAGCAACUUCCAGACCAAAUAAAUCUUUUAUACCUAACAUGUAGCAUUAAUGUAUUACAGGAAGACAUGUGUAUGCAUUUGACAAACUAUGCCAUCAAUAAACAUAGCAAAGAUUUUGACAGAGAUGAGGAAAGUGGUAGCAAGAGGUAAAAUGAUUUUUUUCUUCUUCAGAAGGAGAUAAACGCUUAUAUAAGCUUUGUCCCAACUAGAGUUGGCAAGCGAGAGUUUGUAUGAGAGUUUUCACAACUCUCAUGUCCAAGUUAAACUAGAACAAGAGUUGCAUGAGAGUGGAUGAGAGUUGGCAAACGAGAGUUUGCAUGACUAGUUUUCACAACUUUCAUGUCCAAGUUAAACUAGAACAAGAGUUUGCAAGCGAGAGUUUGCAAGCGAGAGUUUGCAUGAGAGUUGUCACAACUUUCAUGUCCAAGUUAAACUAGAACAAGAGUUGAUGAGAAUUUGCAAGCGAGAGUUUGCAUGAGAGUUGUCACAACUUUCAUGUCCCAGUUAAACUAGAACAAGAGUUGAUGAGAGUUGAGAAGCGAGAGUUUGCAUGACGCUUUUCGCAACUCUCAUGUCCGCGUUAAACAAGAACAAGAGUUGAUGAGAGGUGAUCACUGGAUAUUACUGUCAUCAACUCUCGUCCUUGUUUGACCAGAACUUAAGUUAUUCGAGAUAAAGGGUUUUGAUUCAUUGGGUUCUUACUAUAAUCGUUAAUUUCUUUUCGCCAGGCGCAUUACAACAGUUGAUACGUGGUUUGAAGAAAAUGGUUAUGAUAGUGCUAAGAUUUGGGCUGAUAUUGAGGUACAACAUAUAAUCAUGGCACUUGUAACCUAAUUUCCUGUAAUAAUAACUGUUUCUUUGUAACAAUAUCUUUUUCCUUGUAACAAUAUCUGUUUCCUUGUAACAAUAUUUUUACAUUCAUUCUGUUGUUUCAUUGAACAGGAUGUGAUGAUUAAAACGUUGAUCAGUGCGCACCCAAUCUUAAAACACAACUACCGCACAUGUUUUCCAAAUCAUAACAAGGGCAGUGCUUGUUUUGAGAUACUUGGCUUUGAUAUUUUACUGGAUCGUAAGCUAAAACCUUGGGUAUUAGAGGUACGUAUUAUCUUCAUAAAUGAAGUAAUAUAGAGACUAAAAGUAUGUUCACACUAGACAUGGCAAUAUAGAAAUAUAGAGGACUUUUGAAGCUGGAAAAUUAAACACGAUUUUCCCCCAAAAUCCAUGAUAUUUCUUGUAAAAUUAAGGGUUGAUGAUAAUUACAUCUGCUGGAGUACGGAAUUUUGAGUGCACGACCAUAACUUUUUUAUCUUAUUUUACAUACAAUAGGUCAACCACUCCCCAAGUUUUCACACGGACUCGAAGUUGGACAAGGAAGUGAAGGAAGGUUUAAUAUACGAUACACUAAACUUGGUGAACUUUAAUUCUUGCGACAAGAAGAAAUGUCUGGAGGAAGAUAGAAAGAAAGUUCAAGAACGAUUGUUGCAUAAACAGAAACAACCGAAAGAUGGAAAGUAA